AAUUUGUACUGUUGCGUUACGUACGUUAAAGAUAGAAGACCUUGUUCUUCUCUUUUUGAAUCUUCGUGACAAAUCCUGUAUAUUCAAAAUCAAUGAUCACGAUACCAACUGACGAUGAGUUAGACACACUUGUAUUAAAUCAUCUGGAAAAUUUGUCUACCAUUAUUGAUUUGAAUCACCAUUUAGAGGAUUCUUUAAGCGAAGGAAGACUUUUACUGGCUAAAACGCGACAUAAUCUCCGGGGAAACAGUUGUUCGAUCUCUUCAACCUCUUACAAUUUAAACGAAAUGUCUACUCGUGGUGCAUCUUUCCGUGCUGCAGUCAUUGAAGAGCCUAUCGAACCUACUUAUGAUAAGGAUUUUAAAACCACUCGUUUUCAGCUAAUUGACGAAUUGGCUAGCAGUAAGUCUGAUCUUAACCCUUCAACAGACCCAAUCCGAUGGUUUUCUGGAGUACUUGUUCCUUCUAGUUUACGUCAUGCACAAUCUUGUUUUCGACGUGCUGUGAAUUUAUCCUUGGAACUUGCCAGUCGACGUGCAAAACUAGAGGCGUCUUCUCAACAAAUAAAACAUUUAAUUAAACUACGCAUGAAAAGCGAAUCAGCAGUUAAAUGACUAUAUGGUGUUUGUCUUUGACUAUCUGUUUUUGAGCUUUCUUCAAAUUAUUGUAACUGAUUUCAUACAUUUCACUGACUUCUUAUAUGAUGGAAUUUUUUUUAUCUUCUAGUCUUUU